CACCUGAGAGCAAUCUUAAUCAGGCCCUCUUAAGCCUUGCUGGGCGACUCGCUGUUUCGUGGGCUUCACUCUCAGCAGUUUUCUUUCGGGUUGCCGGGUGUGUCAUCUCGGAAGUAAAAGCCGUUUGAGCCGUGGAUGAGAAGGUCCUGGCCGUGUCGGCACGUCUGUUCCCUGUCAGGUUCCUCUGCCGAGCGAGCGUCACUCAAUGGCGGACGUCGUCACCAUGAGGGUGGAAAGGCAGGCAGGCAGGCAGGCGGGGCGCGUUCCUCAUCGGCUGCUUCGGAUGCGAAGUCCUCUCGUCGCUCUCCACUUAAGACUUCUCAUCUUCGCCUCGUUGCUAAUUUUCCUCUUCCGGCAAGAUGCCUGUGAGACGCGGUCACGUCGCCCUCCAGAACACUUACCUGGACACCAUCAUCAGGAAAUUUGACGAGCAAAAUCGCAAGUUUGUGAUCGCCAACGCCCAGAUGAAGAACUGCGGCAUCAUCUACUGCAACGAGGGCUUCUGCCAGAUGUUCGGCUUCACCCGGGCCGAGAUCAUGCAGCAGCCCUGCACCUGCCAGUUCUUGGUGGGGCCCGGCACCAUGAAGAGCGCCCUGGCACAGCUGGCCCAGGCCCUGCUCGGAUCUGAGGAGCGCAAGGUGGAGAUCCUUUACUACGCCAAGGAAGGCACCUGCAGACCCUGCCUGGUGGACAUCGUGCCCGUCAAGAACGAGGAAGGCGAGGUCAUCAUGUUCAUCCUGGACUUCCAGGAGCUGGUCGACCCCUCGCUGAAGAAGUCGGGUCUGAGGCAGAGAGUGAGCCAAGGAUGGGUCUACUGUAAGAACCGCAGGUUGAAGAUGCGGCUGCCGGUGCUGCGCUCCGUGAGGCGUCCAUCGCUGUCCGUGGAUCAGUUGGAGGGGGUCGUUGUGGACUACCUGCAGCCCAAAAGUGAAGACAUCCCCCUGAAGGAGUUCCGCAUCCCGUCCAAGGAGAGCGGCAUGCAGUCUGAGACGGAGGCCCUCAUAGAACAGGACCUGGACCCCCCGCCCCCGGCCGCCCAGCCCCCCGCCAAGCGGCUCUCCCUGCUGACGGAGCGGCUAGACCCGGGCGCCCCCUUCCCCAGGGGGACUUUGCCCCGCACUGGUUCCCAGGACAGCGUCCGCAGCCUGAGACGCGCCUCCUCGCUGGACGAUAUCGAUGGGAUGAAAGCCGAGUGGAGCGCUCGGCCCGGAGAAGCCCGGAAUAACAGCAAUCUGAAACCCAGUGCUCUCAACUCCACGUCAGACUCGGACCUGAUGAGGCACCGAGCCAUCAGGAGCAUCCCGCAGGUCACACUCUCCUUCGGCUCCGACCGCAUGAGACCGCCCUCGCCCACCGAGAUCGAGAUCAUCGCCCCCAGCAAGGUCAAAGAUCGCACCCAGAACGUCACCGAGAAGGUCACCCAGGUCACACAGGUGUUGUCCCUGGGUGCCGACGUGCUUCCCGAGUACAAGCUCCAGGCCCCUCGCAUCCACAGGUGGACCAUCCUCCACUACAGCCCCUUCAAGGCGGUGUGGGACUGGCUCAUCCUGCUGCUGGUCAUCUACACGGCCAUCUUCACGCCCUACUCGGCCGCCUUCCUCCUCAACGAGGUGGAGGAGGACCGCAGGAGGACGUGCGGCUACACCUGCAACCCCCUCAACGUGGUGGACCUGGUGGUGGACGUCAUGUUCAUCGUGGACAUCCUCAUCAACUUCAGGACCACCUACGUCAACCAUAACGACGAAGUGGUCAGCCAUCCUGGCCGCAUCGCUCAGCACUACUUCAAGGGAUGGUUCCUCAUCGAUAUUGUGGCCGCCAUCCCCUUUGACCUUCUCAUCUUCCGCUCUGGCACUGAGGAGCCCCAGACCACCACACUGAUCGGCCUUCUGAAAACGGCCCGGCUGCUGCGGUUGAUGCGAGUGGCCCGCAAGCUGGACCGCUACUCCGAGUACGGCACGGCCGUGCUCUUCCUCCUCAUGUGCACCUUCGCCCUCAUCGCACACUGGCUGGCGUGCAUCUGGUACGCCAUUGGCAACGUGGAGCGCACCGGCUCGGCCCGCAUCGGCGCCAUGAAGAUCGGCUGGCUGGACAACCUGGCCGAGCAGAUCGGCAAACAGUACAACGACAGCGACGUGGCCUCGGGGCCGUCCAUCAAGGACAAGUACGUCACGGCGCUCUACUUCACCUUCAGCAGCCUCACCAGCGUCGGCUUCGGCAACGUGUCGCCCAACACCAACCCCGAGAAGAUCUUCUCCAUCUGCGUCAUGCUCAUCGGCUCUCUCAUGUACGCCAGCAUCUUCGGGAACGUGUCCGCCAUCAUCCAGCGACUCUACUCGGGUACGGCCCGCUACCACACUCAGAUGCUGCGGGUCAAAGAGUUCAUCCGCUUCCACCAGAUCCCAGGAGGCCUGAGGCAGAGGCUGGAGGAAUACUUCCAACACGCCUGGUCCUACACCAACGGCAUCGACAUGAACGCUGUCUUGAAAGGCUUCCCCGAGUGCCUGCAGGCGGACAUCUGCCUCCACCUGAACCGCAGCCUGCUGCAGCAAUGCAAAGCCUUCCGGGGCGCCAACAAAGGGUGCCUGCGCGCUUUGGCCAUACGCUUCAAGACCACCCACGCUCCGCCCGGCGACACCCUGGUCCACAGCGGGGACGUUCUCACCGCACUCUACUUCAUCUCCAGAGGCUCCAUUGAAAUCUUGCGUGAGGAUGUGGUCAUCGCCAUACUGGGGAAGAACGACAUCUUCGGCGAGUCCCUCAGCCUGUGCGGGAGGCCCGGGAAAUCCAGCGCCGACGUGCGGGCGCUGACCUACUGCGACCUUCACAAGAUCCUGAAGGACGACCUGCUGGAGGUUCUGGACAUGUAUCCCGACUUUGCUGACUCCUUCUGGAACAACCUGGAGGUCACCUUUAACCUGACAGAUGCAGAUCGAAUAAACCAGCCAACCCCGAGCAAGGACUCUGACUGCGACUACAGAACCACGAGGCACCGCCGAGGCUCCCCACGGCGUCGCAACAGACCCGACGGCAUGGACCGAGAGGACCCCUACCCGGAUCAGUCGUGUCCGAUGGUCAACCAUCACCGAGGCCCCCUUGCAGGAUCGCGCUGGGACGAGCGAUGCAGCAGUGACAGUUUCUCUUCCGAGUCCAGCGACGAGGAUAUAAAGCAUGUGAGAUCCAGCAAGGCGGACCCGUACCCCUCCUCUGGAGACACCAGAGACUACCCCCCAGCAGUCAUCAACCUCCUGCCUCACAGCAGACCCUCAGCCGCCAUCGGAAAACCCGUAGACCUUGGAGGUCCACCGUACUCGGCAGCCGUUCCCGUCAGCAUGUCCGGCCUGUACGGAUACUGGCCGGACCGCAGAGCCAGUCAGUUCUCUGAGACCCAAAGGCGGUCGUCAUCAGCCAGAAACAGUUUCCACCCUCCCCCCUGUGCCGAAGAUCGGCCCAGUGAGCUGGAGUCCAGACUGGAGCUCCUGCAGUCCCAGUUAAAUCGGCUGGAGACCAGAAUGACAGCAGACAUCACCGUCAUCCUGCAGCUCCUCCAAAGGCAGAUGACGCCCGUGCCCCCCGCCUACAGCGCCGUGUCGCCCGGCCCUCACCCGCCUCACCCCGCCACCUUAUACGGCAGCGGGCCGCAGACCAUCCACACCGUCGCUGCAAUGCAGCCGGUCCAGAUGGACAGCACCGCCUCGCUGCUGCAGAGUCCAGACUCUGAUGUCAAGCACAAGUCCAAGGACUCGCUGUCCAGCGGGAUCCACGUCACGGUGGCCUCUGAUGACACCAUGUCAAUGUCCCCCGAGGCGGAACCCCCGCGUCUGCCCUGUGUGGACCUCACGCCUCCUCAGCUGGAGCCUCCGCCAUUGCUGUGUGGCAGCCAGCGCUUCCCCUCCCUGCCCGAGCACCUGGAGACCUCCUCGCAGGUUCAGGAGAUCCAGAGGCACGUCUCGGACCCAGUCCUUCCCGGAAGCUAGAACACCACCACCCGGAAGCCUGGACUGUUUGGACUUGUUCCACACGCUUCCUCCUCAUCUUCCUACCAAGGAGUAUCAGAGCCACACUGAAAAUGAAAAAAUAAUACUUUUAAAAGUCAAAGUUUUAUGAGACUAUGAAAUAUUCUGAGGAAAAAAGUUAUAAAAUAUUUAAAAAAUUCCAAGAAUGAACUUGAAAUAUUACAUUUAGUCCAAGUUGUCAUUUUUAAGAAUAAAGAUACAGGUUUAACUUAAUAGGCCAUAAAGUCGUAGUAUUAUGAAAUAAAGUUGUCAUUGUACAAGAAAUUAUGUGAAAGAAAUUAUAUUUUUUAUACCAAUUGUGUAAGUAUAAAUAAAUAAUAGUAUAAUAAUAGUAUAAUUGUGUAAGAAAGAAGAUUUCUCCGGAUAUUACAAUAUUAAAAAAAAUCAUAAUCUUAGUUUUAUUAUACAAAGGUAGGUGAAGACAUUUACCCAAACUUUACCACUUGGCAACAUCACUAUCCUAGUUUUUUUCUUUUCAGUGUGGCCGGAAUACUACACAUUCCCAAACUACCCUCAUAGGGACUCCACAGCGCCCUCUGUGGCUUCUCUGCGCCAAUGUCCCUCUUUUGAUAAGCGACUCAACAGCGACCUCUGUGGCUGCUCCGCGCCAUUGUCCCUCCUCUCACAAUUGUUGCACCCGAAGAGAUUAUUGUUCUAAAGAAGACAUUAUGUGAUUAUUUCAAAGAAGAGAUGUUUGAUGGAGGUGGAAGCCGAAUGCUUUGAAAAGAAAAGUACACUUUUUUUGCACAUUUAGACAUCAAACACGAAGAAAUGUCACUUGUAGUAUAAACUAUGAUGAGCGUGAAAAGUGUGAGUUUGUGUGUGUUUUUGCCGCUUUUGGUGGCACAGUGGAGAAGUCUUUGGUGGACUCAUGACUUUCAUCCCGCCUUUGCUUCACGUUUUAAAUGCAUUAGGAAGAAAUCAACUUCUUGUGGCACUUUGUUCUGUUUUCAUAAGGUGAUGUGUGCCAAAAGUCAUUUUGACUCACAGAUGCUGAAGGCGUUGGUCACUGUCUAUCAAAAACCAGAGAUGCUGCGUUCUUUGUGAUGACUUUUUAAAGAAGUUUAUAAUCUUCUGUAAAGCACAAACUCCUGCUCUUUUUUUUUUAGAUUAAAGACAUACAGUUCAACCAGAUUGCAGAGUUUCCCACGCAUUAAUUUAUUUCUGCAAUAAUAUUUGGAUAGCUUCGUUUUGCUUUUUAUGUCAUUGCUCACCUUUUUUCUCCUAACAGCAUCAUAACAACGACAUGCGCAUGCGCGAAGGCCAAUUAUGCAAAUUAGAUGUCAUUCACUUCGAUAAAUAGAUAGCUGUAGCUAACUCCAGUGAAGCUAAUGUUGUGUCGUGCUCACACUUUUAUCUCAAAACAAAAGCAAUUAUGUCUGUUGAGUGGAAUCUAACUUAACACAUGACAUGAAAACUACCUUGCGGGGGUAAAAAGCUUGAAGAACAAGACUUGACGGAGUAUGGUGACUUUUGUAGGCUGGUAGCUAAUGAUAGCUAACACUCACCGGUAUGGCUAAGCUAACAACCGAAACAAUAAUUGAUUUAAUCAGACGAGAGCAGCCUUUCUCAGCGAUGGAAGUUGGCCAAAAUCUUCUUUGUUGUCUUCAAAAAGUGAGUAAAAAUGUUUUUGUCUAAUUUAAAGUGACUUUAUGCUUCCUUUUUUUCCCAUAUAUCGCCAGUAGCACCCAUAAAAAUCAUGUUCAAAAGCUAAGAAAUGUCACAGGUGAGUGGAGAAGAAACACGAUUCAAAUCUUUUGCCGAUAUCAAUAUCAAUAAAUCAAAGUAGAAUGACAAGUUGACACAUGAAGGAAUACAAUUUAUUAUUAGAGCAAACUCCAAGAUACUUUAUGAAAAACAAAAAGCUACAACAUGACUUGGCUAUCUUAAAUUGAUAUAUUUAUAUGUAUGUACAUUUGCCUUGUAAUGGCAUGCUACAAGGACAUGACCUUCAAGUGAGGAGCAGAGCAAAAACAUAGUCACGCCUCCCAACACGUCCUAGCACAGGCUAACAGAAACAAGAAAAGAGCAUCCAAAUAAAUGAAGAAUUGCUGAAUGGGCGCUUUUUUUUUUUUUAAGUGACGCUGUACAUGAGGUCUCCAGAAGGUGGUGACAGAAAUGAAUCCCGCUCAUGGCGCAGCUCGAAUGAGGCCUUUUUAGAGGGGACAUGUUGGUUAAACGAGACCAGUAGAACAUGACGGGAGUCCACAAUCACCUUCACCGCCGUCACGACACAGACGGGCAAAAACCACCAGAUAAUCUCACAACUGGCUCAAAAAAAACAAAAAACACACCAAGAAAAAGUGUAAAAAUCUUCUUCACAGAGUUCCAAGCACUAAGAGAAAACUACCUGGAGAGCAGAAUAAAUAAACAGCUCGAACACAUGAAGAAGAAUGGCGUAAAAGACUAAAUGCAAGUUAUUGCCGAGUCGGCGGCUUUGACUCCAAAAACAGUUCACUCCCGAGUCCCAACCAAGCUCCCUCCCCAGCCUCCUCCUCCUUCUCCUCUUUCUUUACACGCGCAGGAUCUCCAAGCAGUUGUUGUAGCAGAUGGCGAUCCAGUCGGGCUGCGUGGACGCCCACUGCACGUUGUUGAUCUCCCCUUCCGCCGUGUAGGCCAGGAUGGGGUCCUCGAUGGCGCGGGGCAUCUGCUGGAUGUCCCAGAUAAGAGCCUGGUGGUCGUCGGCUGAGGCAGGAUGGAGGAGAAAAAGAUGACGUUAGUGUACGACUCGAGACUCCGCCAUACUUUUGGCCACGU